GAUUAGGUUGACAUCCCAUAUCAACUCAAAAUUAAAGAGGCGCACCACCUUCACCAUAAAUUUCUGUACGAAAGGAAAUUUAAAGUUUUGAAUUGAAACAAUUACUCCGAUAUUUAUUCUUCAACCCCUUCGACGAGCAAGUCCAAGUCAACUUCGUGGAUGGCAAAAACGUUUUAAUUUAGUGGAGAUCGAGAAAUUAAAUACAUUACAAUGAAGGGUUAUGCACAAGGAGUUGAGGGUAAAAUAUUUUGCAUCAUAUAAAAUUGUAGAGAGGUUUAAAAAAGAGAAGACAUUCACGUGCAGAGGUCUGUUUGGGAGCGUGCAGCAUGUGCUUGGGUUCAGUGGGCGGACAAGUUUUGAGAUAAGAAAAAAAGUUUUUCUUUCUUUCUCUUUCUAUACGCUCAUCUCACGGAUCUUGUUUCUUUCCAUCUCUCUUUCCUCCUCUUCCUCUAUAAAUGUAAAGCAGCUUCCCUCCAUGGUAUUAGCUAGAGAGAGGAACACCAUCGUAUCAACUACGUACGGACCGCUACACUACAUAUAUAAAAUGGCUUCUUGGAAGAAAACCAUCACUUCCCCUUUUAGAAAGGCUUGCACUUUUUUCAAUCACCAGCACCAGCAGAUGGAAAAAGUAAAAAAAAAAAAAAUGGAUGUGGGUGCAGAUCAUGAUGAAAAGGGAGUGAGGAAUCUGCAUGGACAAGUGAUGGCGUGUGGAUACGAGGAUGUUCAAGUGAUGUGGUCUAUCCUUGACAAGUCCAAGUCCGAACCCAACUGCAACAUGUCUUCCUGAUCCAACCAUCACCCUCCUUGUACAUAUAUAUAAUUUACAUAUUAGAAGACUCCAAACAACCCAACACAAGCGGUGGCUCUCUCCUUUUUGAAUUACCUUGUCAUCAUAAGGGUGUGUGAUUCUCUAAUUUUUAAUUCACAUGUUACUUUGGGGAAUCCCCGUGAUAUUAAUGAAAUUCACGGCGAGAUUGUUUUCUUUUAAUCAAAAUUAUGCACAUUCCUUUUU